AUGAUUACUUAUUCGGAAUAUCUAGAUGUGUAUGUUAGAGAUUUUAACAUUUAUAUGCAAAAAAUAAAAAAUUCAAUUUUUUAUAUUAAAAAUCAAGAAGAUUACAAAAACACCAAAGAAUAUAUUUUAGAAGCUGAAAAAUGUAUAAAACAAAUAAUAAUUGAAAUAAAUAGUUUACCUAAGGGAUCACAUAAAAUUUUUGAAGAUAUAAAUAAAUAUAAUCUAGAAUUAAAGAAAUAUAAAAAUAUUUUAGAAAAAAUGAGUGACUCUGAUGAAAAUAGUGACAAUAAGCAACUUGAAAUAACAAGAAAAUACAUUGAAGGGUCAAAAUUUCUAUUAGAUUCAGAAAAGAGAGCUCAAGAUGUCGAAGACAUAGGAUAUACAAUAAUGAGCGAAUUGAAUUCACAGAGGAAUUCAAUUUUAAGAACAAAACAUUAUACAGAUGUAAAUAGACAAGAACAAAAUAGAGUAAAAAGAAUGUUGAUUAAUAUUUAUAAAAAUAGGUUGUUAUAUAAAUUUUUAUUGAUACUAACAAUAAUAUUACUGGUAAUAGCAAACAUAGGAGUUAUAAUUUACAAGAUUAAAUAA